UUCAGUAUUCACUCCCAAGAUCUACACGUCUUAUAAGAAACAUUCUACUCACGUCCGGGUGUCGUUCUUAUAAGACAACCUUUUCCAGGAUGAUGCGAGGAGUCCUGCUAUACCUGGUGGCUGGUCUUGCGCUGACUGCUGGAGAGAGGGUGCGCUACGACGACUACCGAGUGUAUCGGGUGCUGCCAGCCAAUAUGGACCAGCUGCAGUUCCUCAAUUGUCUCACCAAGUACCACAGCGACAUUCGCUUCUGGAAGGAAGCCAGGGCAGUGAAUAUGCCAGCGGACAUCAUGGUAUCGCCCAAGAUGCAACCUACUUUUCUGGAAUGGCUGCAAGCGCACUCCAUCACGGCGUCCGUUUUCAUUGAGAACGUGCAGUACAUGAUUGACAAUGAGAGGCCGGAUAAUGUAGUGAGAGCAGACUUUGCUUUAGAUGAUUAUCACACCCUAGAAGAGAUCUUCACCUGGAUCGAUUCGCUGGUGCAGGCAUAUCCUGACUAUACGAGGAGGGUCUUCGGUGGAACUACAUAUGAAGGUUUCGAAUUCGACGGGAUAGAGAUCUCCUACGGAGAUGGGAGCCGUGUGGUCAUACUCGAGGGAGGUAUGCACCCACGUGACUGGGCCGCCACCGCCUGUAUGAACUGGUUCAUUAACGAGAUCUUAACGACUAACGACACGGACGUCAGGGAUGUUAUCAGCCAGUUCGUAUUCGACAUCUACCCCACCUCCAAUCUCGACGGCUAUAAUUACACCUGGAAUACAGACCGUCUAUGGCGUAAGAAUCGCACACCUUAUCAGAACUGCACAGGCGUUGAUUUGAACCGCAACUGGGACUUUCAUUUCGCAGAAAACGGUGUCAGCGAGGACUUCUGUGCAGACAACUACCCUGGGCCAGUGGCGUUCUCGGAGUACGAGACAGCGACUUUCUCCAAGACGCUGACGGGGUACGACCCCGGCGUGCUGGUGUUCUACGGCAGCUUCCACGCUUACGGCCAGAUGAUCUUGUUUCCAUAUGGCGUGCCUGACGAAGUGGCCACCAAUCACGACGAACUGCUCGAAAUGGCUGAAAGGGCCCGGGAUGCGUUGGCGGCCAGGUACGGCACCAAUUACACAGUCGGCACCGUGCAGGACCUCCUCUAUCCGACGUCGGGAACCAGCAUCGACUGGAUGCAAGGCGUCAACGGCAACCAGUACAACUUUGCUUGGGAGCUGAGGGACGAGGGCCAGUAUGGUUUCCUGCUGCCUGCCGACCAGAUCGUCCCGACCUGCCAGGAGGCGUUCGACAGCCUGGUCUCCAUCCUGCGGGACGUACUCACCAACUCCAGUAAAUCUUCAAGGAAGCACUAGUGUCUGUUUUGUUGUAUCCAUAAAUAAUAAA